AUGGCCAAACGUGUGAAGAAGAAAGAAAAGCUCCAUGAUUUGAUGGAUACCUUCCUCGACCGAGACCGCCCGGGUGAUUCUCAACUGGAGGCAACGCUCGAAAGUCUGCUUGCGGCGGACCGGGCUUUCGAGAAACCGGAAAGCGACCUUGAAAGUACCAAGGAGUUUAGGUACGAAUGUGCCGCGAGGAUUCAGGAAAAGAUCCGCACCUUGUAUUAUUACAAAGACUACCAACACACUGUGGUUGAGAUCACGAUUAUUCUUGACGUCCCGCGAACAUGCUUGGAGCCCAAGGGAUGGCUUGAUACUGAUCAAGAUGCUAGUACACUGCAGGGGAAAUUAUUCGAUAUCGGGUGGCUAGUCGGACACUUCCUUCUCAAAUUCAAAGAAGAUCGCGAGACCAUGCAGUCUACGGAUGUCACGGUUUCUGAGUCUAGGGCUAACGCACAACGUCCAGUUAGCCAAAGGCGUAAAGAGAAGGACAUUUGUCGCGACAGAGACAGAAGAAAGUGUGUCCUGCUGGGUACAUCUUCCGGUGAAGCUGCUCAUAUUUUACCGUUCUCAUGGAACAAGGACGAGACGAGUCUGGUUUGGACUGUCCAAUUUUUAUCCGCCUCCCAAGCUUUCUUUUCCUUUGCAACUUACAAUGACCUUUCUAAACGCCUAACUGUACGUGGUGAGUUCGGCACCUCGGAUAGACACUGGAACAUGGUCAAUCUGAAUGAUUGUAUGCAAUCCUACUGGUCCCGUGCCCUCUUCGGUCUGGAAUGCGUAGGGAUCCAGAAGAAAACCUCUCCGACUCAGGUAGACCCGGCUCCUGAUCUGCAAUCCCAGGGUCCUAUUCCGAAACCCAAGGUUCCUGCUCCGAAAGGCAAGCGUCACAGUUCGAACAAUAAGCGCCGUGUUCAAAAGGCUGUUCGUCGUGCUUCGAAAGCCAAGAAUCCUGUUCCACAAACCGAGGAGUGGGAAGUCCAGAUUAAAUUCCACUGGCUUAACCGCCGAUGGGGGAAACCUGACACCAUCAUGAACAUUCACUCUGGCCAAGAUUCCAUGUCCAGCUUUGCAGAAAGUCAAAUCAACUUUUUGAAAGAGGGAUGUCCUCCUCCCACUCUUGAGAAUGACACAAUCGGUGCCGUGCGUGUCAAAGACACACUUAUUUCUGGCCAUCUCUUCACUGUCACCAUGCCUUCACUCGAAGAUGCGACGAGCUGCAAACUCAUGCUGGACUUGCAAUGGGUACUUAUUCGUAUCGCUGCCAUGAGUGGCGCAGUAGGAUAUCCCGAGCUCCUUCGUCCUCCUCCGCCGAUACCGACCUCUGUCACCUUCUCGACAUGGCGCAGUCUAGUGGUCUAA